AUGAAAAACUUCAUUGCCCUCGCUGCCUUUGCUGCGGGCUCUAACGCCCUCGUUGGCCGCAGGGAUACCUGCUGCUUCCAUCUCAGCGCUUCUGGCGGUGCCUCCGGUUCACUUGGCCAGCUGGGUGAUGGCCAGAACCGCAUUGGCGAUGCUAAUCUGCAACCCGCUCAAUACUGUAUCGACGACAACGGCGCCAUCUCCGACUCCAAUGGCCGGGGGUGCAUCCUCACCCCUCCCACCACUCAACUCCAGUGUGACGAGGGUGUGACUCCUGCCCCCGGUUUCUCUAUCAACUCCGAGGGUAAACUCCAGUACCAAAACAACCCCGACUUCGUUGCAUGUGCCACGGGCCAGAACGGUGGUAUGAACAUCUACACUAGCCCUAACAAGAUGGAUGUCACUGGCUGCGUGAAUGUGGUGAUGUCUGCCGACUCCUGCGCGGGUACUGGUGGCGGCCCAGGUGGCCCUGCUCCUGGUCCCGCUCCAGGUCCUGCGCCUGGCCCCGGUCCCGCUCCUGGUCCCGCUCCUGGCCCUGCUCCUGGUCCCGCUCCUGGCCCUGCUCCUGGUCCCGCUCCUGGCCCUGCUCCUGGUCCCGCUCCUGGCCCUGCUCCUGGUCCUGGCCCUGGUCCUGGCCCUGGUCCUGGCCCUGCUCCUGGCCCUGCUCCUGGCCCUGGUCCUGGCCCUGCUCCUGGCCCUGCUCCUGGCCCUGGCCCUGCUCCUGGUCCUGGUCCCGCUCCUGGUCCUGGUCCCGCUCCUGGUCCUGGUCCCGCGCCCGGCCCCGCUCCUGCUCCUGGCCCUGCUCCUGGUCCCGGAGCUCACACUGCCACGACCACCGUCACUGUCACUGAUUGUACCUGCCCUACCUCCGUUGCUCCUGGAGCUCCUGGGGGUCCUGGGGCUCCUGGUGGCGGUCAAGCGUCGGUCCCUGGUCCUCAGCCCUCCGCUCCUGGUGGUGGAGGAGGUGGUCCAGGUGGCGGUGGCGGCGGCGGUGGUACGCAGCCUGGCGUCUCUCCUAGCAUGCCUGCCCCCGGUGGUGGCGGCGGUGGUACGCAGCCUGGUGUCUCUGCUAGUGUGCCUCCCCCCGGUGGUGGCGGCGGUGGUACGCAGCCUGGUGUAUCUGCUAGUGUGCCUCCCCCCGGUGGCGGCAUGCCUCCACCUCCCCCCGGCGGCACCGGCGGUACGCGUCCUGGCGUGUCGGUUAGUGUGCCUCCUGUCACCGGCGGUGGUGGUACGCAGCCUGGUGGUUCUCCCACAGUGCCUACCCCUACUAGAGGCCCACAACCCACCGGUGUUCGCCCUCAGCCUACCGGCGGCUUCGCCAACACAUCCGUCCCUAUUAGCCCUGUCUCCCCCACCACAGCCACUGGGACCUCCGGCGGUGCAUGUCCCACUACCCUCUCGGGCAACUACGAGAUCCCCCACCUUAUUGUUCGUAUCGACUCGUCCUCGCCAGACACCUCUGCAGGAACUGGGCUUAACGGUACCGUGACCUCGAGCAUAUCGACCGUGUUCAACUUCGACAUCCCGAACUCCGACGCUGGCAAGACCUGCAGCCUCGUGUUCCUCUUCCCCAGGCUUGAGGAUCUCGAGACCUCCUCGUUCACUUUCAGUGGUGAUGGAAAGAUUGACUUCGCUAAGCUCUCUUCCACUGCCGAUUCCUCGACAUCCUUCAGCAGUGUGCCCUCAGUGUCUCAGGACCUCGGCACCAUCACCGCCUCCCCCGGUAACUCAUAUGUUGUCUCCACCUUCUCCUGCCCGGCUGGCCAGGCUGUCGCCUAUCAGAUGAAGAACGCCGGCACCACGGACUUCAACUUCUUCGAGGACUGGAACCCCGCUCCUCUCGGUCUGUUCAUUACCACUUGCUAA